CAGCAAAAUUUUGUGAGCACUCACUAUGUGCCAGCACUGUUUAGUGCACUCGUGGUACAAAAAUAAGUGAGAUAGUCUCAACUUCCAGAAGUUUACCAUCUACUCCAGGAAGACAAGUGUCAUAAAGUGUGACACUACCUCAAAGCAGAGGAACCUCUUCAAGAACUUGAACAGAUGCAAGCCUGAUCCAUCUCCUUACCUUCCUCCCCCAGAGACGACUACUUUAAGAAUCUGGCUGUCAGUGGAACCAUGGGGCCAUCAAGACAUCUCUGCCCACAGCAGCUGGCAUUUGCAUCCCUGAGCACUGAGGUCUGAAACACGACCCUGGCAAGGACCAGCCCUACCCCCUUGGAGGAAAUGGCUGAGCAGCCUGAGCAACAGCAGAUGAAAACUUCCUUCCUCUUCAUCCAGCUGCAGGCCCCUCCUGCCGGAGCUGUCCCCGCCCUGUCUCCAGCCGCUGCAGCCCCAGGGGGCCCAGAGGAGGGACUCGCUUUCCCCAGUCCCAGGACCCGGUUCUUGGCAGGCCGGGACCUCAGGCACACACAGGGCUUUGCUGCUCCUCCCUCACGCCUGUUACAGAAGGAGGGCCGUGGGACAGAGCAACCAGCUGCUUUCAGUUGCUCUUCUCCAAGGGAGAAGGAGAGACAGGAAAAACCCCAGGAUCUGGAUGUAAGGAGGGGUGGUGUUUGCAGAUCCCCACGUUGCAGACGUUCCUUGACCCCUGACUCUGGGAAACUUGGCCCGCUCCAGCCCCUGUCAUGCAGACUUCCUAACUCAGAUGUCAUCAUGAGCGAUGGAAGCAGCAAUCCCUCUAUGCGCUGGAAGCACGGGUCGGUCAUCACUGCCCCCCGAGACCUUUGGGACACAGACUCUCAGUCUUGGAAUACUUUGGGAUGCUCAAUCCCACAGGCCACUCUGGCCAACUCUGCUGACAGGGGUGAAAGGGCCGUGCCGAGGAGAGGUGCUGCCACCUGCCAGGUAUUUCCGAGGAGCUGUAAAGAGGGUGCAGGUAUCACCGUGCGGGCGCGGAGGGCAAGGCUGUACAGUUACUGUCCGCUCAUUCAGACCAGCAAGAGCUACCUGGCCCCACCCACCGCUCUGCCUCUCAAGGCAGAGACAUUUGUUUGGGUUAACAAUGCGUCAGCACAUUCCCAGAGUGUUGCCAAGGCCAAAUAUGAAUUUUUAUUUGGCAGAUCUGAAGAGAAAACUCCAGAUACUAGUGAUCAUGGAGGAAGCACCUUACUCCCCCCGAAUGUCACAAAUGAAUUUCCAGAAUAUGGGACCAUGGAGGAGAGUGGAGAAGGCCUAAGAACUUCUCUCGAGUUUGAUGCAGAAUCUCUGCCAUGCUGCCCACAAGGGCAGCAGGGCGUCCAGCUUCUUGCUGGCCACCACUCUGGGCUUCACAAUAUUACAGAUGGACCAAAAGAUGUUGGAGAGGCCCCUUUUCAAAGUCACCUCAAGGAACAAAGUUUACAGCCCAUUGACUCUCUGAUUUCAGCUCUGAAAGCUACAGAAGCCAGAAUAGCUUCAGGAACGUUACAGGCUACAAAGGUACUACACAAAGAUGCUGUUUCUAGUUUUUCAGUUCAGCAAGUGGAAAAAGAGCUGGACAGUGCCAAUCAGAAAACGCAGAGAGCCAACAAACUGCUCCCUGCUGGCCAAGACAAUAUACCUCUUUCAGCUGAAGUUACGACUGAGGACAAAUUUUAUUUGAGCAUCCAGAAGGAUCUUUCUGUACUAUUAACUGGAGAAACUCAGGCAGAGUUUUCCCAAAUAACUAAUAAUGGGAGAAAAGGGGCUCUCCGUGUGCAGGAGCCAGCUGGUCCAAUAUCCUCCAUGGGGGGCCCAGCAGCACCCCACAACUCUGCGGGCAGUGUUGAUUUUGUGAGAGAGUGGAGGGCUGAUGUAGGGAGAGAGUACCCAGCAGGAUGUGACAGAGGCAGCUCCACAGGACGCCCAGGCCGUGUCAAACAUGUGGAAUUUCAAGGGGUGGAAAUAUUGUGGACAGGAGGGGAAAAACGAGAGACACGGCAACCUGUGGAUUUUGAGACAUCAUUGGCAAGGACUGCCUCUCCUGAAAUCAAAGCGUUUUCCAAAGUGCCAAGCCAUCUCAUCUCAUCUGCGGGUUUGUAUAAUUCAGUUGGUUUCACUGAGCGUGUUGGGGGUGAAAGCUGGAGAGCUCCUUCAGAGGCGCCUGCCACUAGCUCGGGGACAUUUUCGCCUGUGCCUCUUGUGGAGAGUGGAGAGGAUGACGUCUUCCUAAAGGAAAGCAAAGACCAUCUUGAGAAGAAAUCUGAACUGGAGAGAGACAAGGAGAGGAUUCUUGAACAAGAGGAGCACUUUAUGGGAGGAGAGGAUGAAAUCCUGGGGCCUGGCUAUACGGAGGACUCCACUGAUAUGUACAGCUCUCAGUUUGAAACCAUUUUGGACAACACUUCCUUAUACUACAGUGCCGAGUCCUUGGAGACACUGUACUCAGAGCCUGAUAGCUAUUUUAGCUUUGAAAUGCCCCUCACGCCAAUGAUACAGCAGCGCAUUAAAGAAGGCAGUCAGUUCCUGGAGAGGACAUCAGUGGGAGGACAGCAAGACGUCCUGAGCGUCUCAGCAGAUGGCGGAAUAGUGAUGGGCUAUUCUACCGGGAUGAGCAACGGGCUCAGUGACACUGGAGAUUCCAUCUACGAGAAAGGCACCCGAGAAAUCGCGUUCUGGGGAAGCAAUGCUGGGGUGAAAACAGCACUCCUAGAGGCUCAUUCUGAAAUGGGGAGCACUGAAAUUCUGGAAAAGGAGACCUCCGAAAAUCUCAGUAAUGGUACCAGCAGCAAUGUAGAAGCAGCCAAAAGGCUGGCCAAACGACUUUAUCAACUAGACAGAUUCAAAAGAUCGGAUGUCGCGAAGCACCUAGGCAAGAACAAUGAAUUUAGCAAACUAGUUGCAGAAGAAUAUCUGAAGUUUUUUGAUUUUACAGGAAUGACGCUGGAUCAGUCUCUCAGGUAUUUCUUUAAAGCAUUUUCUCUUGUGGGAGAAACUCAAGAACGAGAGAGAGUUUUAAUACACUUCUCCAAUAGAUAUUUUUAUUGUAACCCAGAUACCAUUGCUUCACAAGAUGGAGUCCAUUGCCUCACCUGUGCAAUGAUGCUCCUUAACACAGAUCUUCAUGGCCAUAAUAUUGGAAAGAAGAUGACCUGCCAAGAGUUCAUUGCAAACCUCCAAGGGGUAAAUGAGGGUGGUGAUUUCUCUAAGGAUCUACUGAAAGCUCUGUACAAUUCAAUCAAGAAUGAGAAGCUUGAAUGGGCAGCAGAUGAUGAAGAGAAAAAAAAAUCUCCAUCAGAAGGUACUGAUGAAAAGUCUAAUGGAACACAUCCAAAGACGCUCAGUCGUAUUGGGAGUACCACCAACCCAUUCUUAGACAUUCCUCAUGACCCCAAUGCUGCUGUGUACAAAAGUGGAUUCUUGGCUCGGAAAAUUCAUGCAGAUAUGGACGGAAAGAAGACUCCAAGAGGAAAGCGAGGAUGGAAAACUUUUUAUGCUGUACUAAAGGGAACAGUCCUUUACUUGCAAAAGGAUGAAUAUAAGCCGGAAAAGGCCCUGUCUGAAGAGGAUUUGAAAAACGCCGUGAGUGUGCACCAUGCGCUGGCGUCCAAGGCCACCGACUACGAGAAGAAACCGCAUGUGCUUAAACUGAAAACCGCAGACUGGAGGGUCCUGCUCUUUCAGGCCCAGAGUCCAGAAGAAAUGCAAGGGUGGAUAAACAAAAUCAACUGUGUUGCAGCUGUAUUUUCUGCACCACCAUUUCCAGCAGCCAUUGGGUCUCAGAAGAAGUUUAGUCGCCCACUUCUGCCUGCCACUACAACAAAAUUGUCUCAGGAGGAACAGCUGAAGUCUCAUGAAAGCAAGCUGAAGCAGAUUACCACUGAGCUGGCUGAGCAUCGCUCGUAUCCCCCGGACAAGAAGGUGAAAGCCAAGGAGGUGGAUGAAUACAAACUGAAAGAUCACUAUCUGGAGUUUGAGAAAACCCGUUACGAAACUUAUGUCAGCAUCCUAAAAGAAGGAGGCAAGUUGCUCCUGUGUAACAGUGAAAGUGAGGCCGCAGGACUGAAGAAGUCGCAUUCGAGUCCUUCACUGAACCCAGAUUCAUCUCCGGUCACUGCCAAAGUCAAGCGUAAUGUGUCAGAGAGGAAAGAUCACCGACCUGAAACACCAAGCAUUAAGCAGAAAGUUACUUAGAAUCCAUCUGCGACCAGGAACGCGCUGGUCAUGGAGCAAAAUAGUUUUCAAGAUCUUUCUGGUAAAUCCGUGAAUAUAUUUAAAAAAAAAAAAAAAGCCUGUGACUAAAUGGUGCAUUAGUAACCUUUUCUAUUGUAUAUUUUUUUUAGUUUCUGUACAGAUUGUCUCUUUGCACUUGAUUUCUUUGAUGAUUUUGCUUCUUAAUAACUAAUGCACCUUUUGUGAGGGGGAGAGGAUCAUGAUUUCAGAAUGAAUUAUGUAUCACUUCUCCUGUGGUUUUUCUCUUGUUUGCACUCAGUUUUUUGUAUUCUCAAACCAACUGUUACACUUUUUUUUUUAAGGUUAAAAAGUUAAUCCAUCGUGAAACAUUUAACUGGACGAACUUUGUAGUUUAGUAAAUUCUAGCCAGAGUUAAUAUAAAAGCCUUUACAUGUGAAAUCUUGCCCAGUCACAGAGGUGGAAUUGAGCACUAACAGAAGUUCAGUCCAGAAUUCCCGUUCUGGGAAUCAAGAUGUUCCACGGUGACGCAGCUGUGGGUGCAUCUGAGCAGCUACUCUUGCGUUCCAACCCUGCUGGAAGCAGGAAACGGGUGCGAAGAUCGCAGGACUGGAGAACUUAGGAAAUGUGUCAUUUGCUUGAAGUUGAGUCCAUUUCAGCCAAGCAAGGAAAGAGGAAGUGGAAGAAUCUUUUUGCCAUUGAAGGUGGCGGAAAGAUGACACCAAGUUCAUUUUAUUUCCCAGAGGAUCGUGACAAUGAUCGAUUCUUGGGGAGCUGCAGCAGUAGCAUGUGUGCAGUCUACAGGGAAUUGUUACCUCACUCCCACAGGGUCUAGUAGGAAUCCAGAACCAUCUCUAUCAUCAAUACCCUGACAUCUAGGAAUUGGUGUUAUCGCCUGGUUGUGAGAAUAUUGGGGUCUUAACCAAAAUAAAAUAAGAGGAAAAAGUAGUUGUCCAGCAAUGAAUAUUGAUUCCUUAAAAUCAGUCUGAAAGUAAUAAAUCGUCUAAAUGAAUUGUGGUUGGAAAACUGAGGAACCAGCUGGUUGCAUAUACAGAGUUACUUGGCUCAUUCUUAUCUCAGUCUCUUUGACAGCCACUUCACUCUGCUACUACUGAACUUGCCCCUAAAAAUAAAUACUUUAUUUUAAAUCAUUUCUUUCUAUCAGAAUAGUCCUGUUAAUCUUACAGUCAUGAGCUUGCUCCAGUGUUAGUCCCUUUGAAAUUCAGGGUGACAAACAGAACGUUUUCAUGUACAGGAAGAGAAAAGAGUAAAAAUUGAGUCCACGAUGAGUUAGAACUUACUGAUUUUGAAACCUUGAAAUUUUGUGAUCCUUAAAGCUAUAAUCUCCACAGCUUCAGAACUAACAGAAUCGCUUUGAAUACUGUUCCCUCCCACAGAAAUUCGCUCCAGUUCUACUCAGUUUAUUAGUUAAAGGUACUAUGACCAAAGAAUCAGGGCCUCUGCGUGAAUAGCGUGGUUCCAGCGAAUUAGAGAAAACCUGCUGUUAAACCCUGGUAGUCUUAGUGGUAUAUUGUUCUGACGUGCCAGCAUUUAAUUACAUCAUUACUUAUUCACGUGUACUUCCUCCAUCGAUAUAAAUGGCCAUAUUUGCUGGUGCCCAGAAAAGAGAAACCCCUCUCUAAAGUGGUAGCUGCUUCCCUUAUGUAAGUGUUUUGUCACACCUUUGAAAAAUUCACUCUAACCCUCUAUUUUGUUUAGGUAAAGGUAACGACUAAAUUUAUGUUUCAAAACCAAGAAACAAACAUGGUAGUUACCAAUAUGGCUCUUGGACCUGAUUCAUUUUUGUUGCUUCUGACUGAAUCUGAGAUUUCUACAAGGGAAUUGUCUUUCUUCCUAGAAUCUGAAUAAGCAGCCUAUUUGUCUUCUGCCUAGAUAUUUAUCCUCAGCCAAGGGGAGAGAGGUACGUGGAUCAUGUCGUCUCUGAGCUUCAAUAAUUAAAGAAAAAUAAACAUCCCUGACAGGCUUGAAUGCGUUUGCCCACAGCGUGAGUGCGUCUGUGUAUAUAGAAUGUCCGUGUAGUUCACUUACAAUGUACAAUAGACACAGAAUGGUACCUUGCUACUGUGUUUCUGACAUUUCAAGUUCUAAAAUAACGCGGCUAGCAUCCGCAUCACAACACCACUGUUCCCUUUAUGAGUCACUAAUGUUAUCUCCAGGAAUGUCUGGAUAUGCUAAUAAGUAAUUGGAUGAGAAAGGCACUUUUGAAGCUGUGAUAUACUGUGUUUUCAUAGUUUAUCUCUAAAGACAACUGCAAGGUUAUUUGGUGAGCCCGGAUGGCAGAUUGCCCUGGCAUGAUGUCCAUCUGUAGGGGAUGGGCUGAGAAACACCUCCCUGCGGCCUCUGAGGUUACUGUCUGUUGUCAGUGUGCCUCGCAGGCCAAGAGUUUAUCCUGUAGGAGGAGGUAGCCCCCAAGGUGACUAGAUUCUGAGACUCUUGCCCAUAGGCAAUCACAUUUUCUUUUGUGAUCAUUUCUUUCCUAUGGUAUCUAGUCAGAAGAAACUAAAUGUGUUUCCACAGCUAACCCAAGCCUACUGCCCAGUUCACAGUACGGGGAGCUCUCCUCCUCCUUUCCUUCUGAAGGUACGCCCUGCCCCACCCAACCCGCUCCUCACCCAUACCUCAGCAUCAGGAGCCUUGGCAUUUCUCUCCAUGUGAUAAAUCAGUAUUCCCCUUCACAUAAAUAUACUUAAUACGGAAUUUUCAGUCUAGGAAAUCUUGAUAAUCACCAAAAUACCUUGGUGAUAGUCUUGUUGCACGAUUGACCAUAGAAGUGGUUCAUGUAUAAAAUCUUUGAGAGUUUCAGAGUUUGUGCCCCACUUCACAGGUUGACUUUUACAGGGCAGUGGCAGGAAUUCCUUGUGAGCAAUCAAAACUUAAUUACUGGCGUGCAGAGUCCUUAUUUUAUUGCCAGGCCAUAGAUAUUAUUUGAAGUGCACUUUUCUUAACUACAUCUUCUCAUGAACUCUCAGCAAUGCCUAAUUAAAGCAAGCAAUACUUCUCUGCAUUUUAAUUAAUCUCAGUAAAGCCAACACGUGGGAGGGUCCUCUGGUGGAACUGUAGCUCCUGGAUUAUGUGUAACCUUUACUAUUGCUCUUAGAUAAACAGGAUAGAAAGCAGCUGUGCAAGACCCUGUGUGCUUCUCCGACUGUUAUCUUAGUUCAGAAGAUGAGGACUGUUUCCUAGUUAGAAGUGAUACGAGGCAAUUCAUUCUAGGCAAGGAAAGUUGGCUGGCUUUCCAAGGCCAAGCUGAGGUUGGUAUCUUGAGUUUGUAUUUCACCCUGUGGCCAAACCACAGAACUUCAGAGGCUGGAGAAGAAUUUAGAUAACCAGCAGGGAAGGAGGUCCCUUGCUGCCUAAGCACAAAAUUAUAGAAUUUUCUGCCGGCACUACCUGCUGCUCCCUCUGUCUUGUGAAGAGCCCGGGCAGGGGUUCUUAGGUGAGGCCAGGCCUGCUGUGGCUAGGAGCUACACCUUUUCUCUGCCUUUAUCCCUACUUGCAGAUGACUGGAAGAAAGUUGGCCUUAAAGAAGCUUCUCCAUUGUCUUACUGUCAAGACUUGCUUGGGUUUAGUUAGUUGUCAUUGGAAUUUGAAUUCCUUUGGCAUUUUUCUUGGUAGCGAUCAGUUAAGAUUUUUUAAGCCUGAAUUCACAGGGAGUUUCUUAGCCUUGUAGGUCCAACUCUCUGUUGUUCAGCUUUUGUGGACCUGGUCAAGUUUUUAGCAGGUUGGUAGCCAGCCACCUUACUUAACUUCAACAGUGAACAAUCUCUUCACUUGUCAAAUGACAACGUUUUUUCCAGUUGUAGAAUAGCACUGAUGAACAGGCAACUACAGUGGCAUCCUAGGACUUGUUAAAAAUUGAGUCUAGUUAAUGAGUAAUAGUGUGACUUUGGGUUUAAAUGCUUUUCUCCCAGAGCAUCUAAAUCACUCUGACAGAAAAAGACCAGUCUCCUUUGUAGGCAGAUGCGCCUCUGGGCUGACGUUGCUCCAAAGCGUUCUGGCUGGCUCUUCUCACAGGCUGGGUCACCAGUCUGCCCCAGGUCAACACGUCUCUCCACCAGUCUUUUGACAUCUUCCAUCCUCAAGUCAUCCAGAGGACUUAAGAGAUCAGUAGUUCACCACAGAGUACUCCCAACAAGUGACAGAGAGGUGCUUUGUCACUGCUCCUCCUCUCGGGUUCCUUUUCAAUGUCUCAUUCUUACAUGGAGGACUCAAGUCCAAAGUCAUUGCCAUUCUCCUUUUGUACCUAUAGUAUCCAAAACCCAAGUGGGCAGCCUUCUCCUUAGGACAAUAACUGGCCCAUUGCAUGCAGAGAGAAUGUCUUCAUAGAGAGAAUGCCAGUAAAUACUUGAAUCUGCAUGACAGUUUGUUGACUUGAAUGCAACAGCAAGAACAUAUUGCAAGUUAAGUAAUUGUAUAUACAGUAGGUUUCUUUCAGCCUCUUUGGCUCAUCCUGUGUAAUUUAUGUGUGUAUCUGUAGUGUUUCAGGCUUCUGGAAAAUAUUCAUAUAGGUAGUAUGUCAGACUUCAAAGAAAAUGCUUUCUGUUACCUGCCAAUGUUGUAUUUGUGGGUAUUUAUAGUUGUACGUAUGUGUCUGUAUCUAUGUGUAGAUUGUAUAUCAGUCUAUGGUAUAUGGACAUCACAUUUAUUUUUGUCCUUAAUAACCAGUGUGAUAUGAAAAGCAAGUAAAAACCUCAUAGGAUUGAGUAUAUAAUGCAGUUAUUGGGAGUAUAUAGUGACACUGUUUUAUUAAACUUAAAUUCAAAUGAUAUUUUGAUUAAAUUUUUGUAAUAAUAUUUUAUGCUAGAAUAUUCCAUCUUUGAGCUUUGAAUCACCAGGGCAAAAAUGACUCUGAACUAACUUUGUGAAACUAUUUCAGUGUACUGUGUACAAUAGCAAGGCAUAGCUCAUUAUAGUUUGGGAUAUACAGAAAAGAAUUAAAAAAAAAAAAAAAAAAA